UAUCAUUAAUGUGCUUUUAUUGUGAAACCCGACGACAGCAUAUUCCCGGUAACUUGCCGUGUCUCCAGCAGUCUGUGGACUCUGCUGCUGGUCGUGUGUGAUCCGGAUCAUGGAGCUGCUGUCUGUGCUCUAACAGUCCGGCUCCCCCCGCGGAGCUUCAAUAUGCUGCUGAUGGGAAACGAGUCCUCUGGCUGGGCUGCGCUCCCAGGGUUCAACCGCUCCGAGGCGGAGGACGGGUCUGGAGCCGGGCCAGAGUCGGUGGUCGUGCCGGUGGUGUUCGGGCUGAUCUUCGUGGUGGGGGUGGUGGGGAACUCUCUAGUGAUGGUGGUGAUCGGGAGGGUGAGGUACAGCGGGGCAGGGGGCGGCGGUGGGAGAGGAGGAAGGACGCGCUCCAGCAGCCCGACCAACAUCUUCAUCCUGAACCUGAGCGUGGCGGACCUCCUCUUCCUCCUCUUCUGCGUCCCGUUCCACGCCACCAUCUACUCUCUGCCGGAGUGGGUGUUCGGAGGCUUCCUAUGUAAGUUCGGACACUUCUUCUCCAGCGCCAGCAUGCUGGUCAGCAUCUUCACGCUGGUCGCCAUGUCCGCAGACCGCUACAUUGCCGUGGUGCGCUCCGGGAAGUCUCCGUGCGUCCGGAGCCGCCGGAAUGCGCUGGCCGGGGUGUGCGUCAUCUGGAUGCUGUCUCUGCUGUGCUCGGUGCCGGUGGCCCAGCACCAGGUUCUCACCAGCCACCCCAGCGCCCCCAACAGCACCUUCUGCUGGGAGCAGUGGUCCGGAGCGUCCAGAAGGUCGUACAGGGUGACAGUCCUGCUGAUCGGGUUCCUGCUGCCGCUGCUGCUCAUCAGCUGCUGUUACACCAGGGUUUUAUUUCAUCUUCAUAAAAAAAUGAAGAACAUGUCCAAGAAGUCUGAGCGCUCCAAAAGAAAGGUGACUCUGGUCAGCUCAGAGCACCGGGACAGUGUCAGUCUUUAG